GAGAGAGGCUGCCUGCCAACACUCACAGACUGCAGGAGCCACCAUCCCUCUAACCCAGCACAUGCCUCAUCCUCUCUCCUGUACAUCUGGGUACACUGCCCAGGAGGGACCACAGGGAAAGGCGGGGGACACUUGGUGGCCUACUGUCCAGUAGAAGGCAUCACUACCUGCAGCUCUGGAGGAUGAGAGCUGGUCUCUGUGCUUCUGCUCUCAGGAUGUAUCUGAGUGGACAGAAGUUGUGGAUUUGGUUCUUGUACCUGGGAUUGAUAGAACGCACCUUAGCAGACAUGUACAGCUCAAUGCUGAACGUCCAGCAGGCUAUGGAGACGGAGCAGAAACUGGUACAGCACCUGGGGACUUACCUGGAAGCGGAGAACCACCGCCUGGAUGAUCUGCGCAGGUUCUAUAGGAAAGUGACAGCGUUUCACCACGUGGCUGAUACUCCAGUGUCGGACCCUAUUGUUGCCUACACCUUGUUAAAGAGGCUGCAGUCCGAGUGGAUGAAUGUGGUGAACAGUCCAGAGGCCAGCGAGAAUAUCAGAGCCCUGAAGGAUGGUUAUGAGAAGGUGGAAGCGAGACUUCCCAUAGUGGAGGAUGUGGAAGGAGCCGCUAAAGCCCUCAUGAGAUUACAGGAUGUCUACGCCUUGAAUGUGAAGGGUUUGGCGAAAGGAAUAUUCCAGACUGGACCCCGCUCACACUUCAGUCUCCUGCACAGAGCGGAUCAGGUCUCCACCAUGUCGGCUGAUGACUGCUUCCAUAUUGGGAAGGUGGCUUAUGAUAUGGAGGAUUAUUAUCAUGCUAUACCAUGGCUGGAGGAAGCCGUCAGCAUGUUCCGGGGCUCCUACGGCAGCUGGUUCACGGAAGAUAUGGGUUCUCUAGAAGAUGCGUUGGAUUAUUUGGCCUUUUCCUACUAUAAAGCAGGGAACGUUUCCCAGGCGCUAUACCUCUCCCGGGAGUGUCUGCUCUAUGAUCCAGAUAACAGAAGAGUGGCUGAAAACGUGGCCAAAUAUGAGAAGAUGUUACAGGAGAGGCCGCCCAGCGUAGAUACAGAGGAGAGCUGGCUGCAGAGACCCAACGUCACCCAUCUGAGGACAAGAGACCUGUACGAGGGGCUGUGCCAGUCUCUGGGGUCCCAGACAAAGCUGUACGAGGACCCAGCAAUCCUGUGUUCGUUAGACACCAACAACAGCCCUUACCUCACACUCCAGCCCCUGAAGAAGGAGAUUGUCAGUCUGGAUCCAUAUGUGGUGCUCUACCAUGACUUUGUCAGUGACCAGGAGGCAGCAAGGAUAAAGGGAAUCGCCGCUCCCGGGCUGCAGCGGUCUGUGGUGGCCUCCGGAGAGAAGCAGACGCAGGUGGAAUAUAGAAUAAGCAAAAGUGCCUGGCUAAAGGACACGGCCGACCCAGUCAUCAGAAGGCUGGACAUUCGCAUCGCCGCAGCGACCGGUUUAAACGUCCACGUUCCAUACGCUGAGCAUCUCCAGGUGGUGAAUUACGGUAUCGGGGGACACUAUGAGCCGCACUUUGAUCAUGCCACAUCCAGAAAGAGCCCUCUGUAUCGUAUCAACACCGGGAACCGGAUGGCCACGUUCAUGAUCUACCUGAGUUCUGUAGAUGUGGGAGGAUCUACAGUGUUUAUCUAUGCCAAUUUCAGCACACCUGUGGUAAAGAAUGCGGCCGUCUUCUGGUGGAACCUCCACAGAAAUGGUGAAGGUAAUGAGGAUACGCUACACGCCGGCUGCCCAGUACUGAUCGGGAACAAGUGGGUGGCCAAUAAAUGGAUUCACGAGUACGGUCAGGAGUUCAACAGGCCCUGCACCCUGGACCCCGAAAACUAAGCCCUUCAGAGUGGAGGGGCAGAUGCCUACAGCACUACAGCAUGAAGAGGGUCUCCUAGACCACUGACAGAGAAGCCAAGGACUUGGAUCUGGCUUGUGAGAGCAGACCAUGCUCAGUCACUGGUGGUCAUAGGUGACAUAGAGGGGUCAUAAUCACGUGCCAGGCCUGGACCCCUGUAAGGAAAGACCCUCACUUCCUGCUUCUACUGAAUGGCCCUUAGAGAGAACAUCCACCAAUAUUUGCUGUCCUCAAAGCCACAUCAGGGAUCGGAUGAUGAGUGGUUUGAAGGCUGCUCUUUGUUCCUAGGGUGCGGAUGGCCUCACUCAGAGAAAGGAACCAAUUGUCAUUUUCCAUGGGUAUAGUUUGCUCUGCGAGAGGUGGACUGUCAUUCAAACGUUCUUUGGAAGGUGCGUAGAGUAAUUAAUGCAGGGCCUUACCUGUUGCUUGGGCCUGGGACAUCAUCAUCCGAGAGCAGCUAUUAGACAGAGAAGGAUCCUGGGUAACUGGGCUUUGACAUCAUGAGGUGACCAGUGACUACUGUAAAUCAGUGGUGGGACAAGGUGCUACAUCAGCCAGCAGAUACGCUGAACUGCACCAAUCCCGUAACAUCUGCACAUGGUGGGACCCCAUGGUUGUUACAUAGCGAUUCUGAAGCACUUAUAUAAUCCAUUUAUAUGGUCAUCAUACUGGAUAUUUUUAUUUUUACCUCUGGGUGAAAUGUUUCCCCUAGAUGAAGGUAGCAAAGUGUGGGAAAUAAUAUUCGUUGCAGACGAUAUCCCGCCCUGGAUCUGAUCUCUUAUCACCAGCUGUGUGCAAUAUAGUUGGUGAGCAGCUAUCCCCCAACCUGAGGUGGCAAGCAAAGUGGCCCACUCUCAUCCCUUAUACUGCUGGAAAUGUGGAUUCUCUUCAUACAAAUCAUUAUCACCAAUGACUGAUUACUGUAUGGAGUUCUGCACUAACUGGGGUACACACAGGAUAAGAGCCACAACCACUGGAACCCUUGCUGAUAACAUCCCUGAGACUAGGAGCUGGAUCUUGGCUUAGUGGGAAUAAUGUACAUGUGGAUGAGCGACAGAACGGACGGCGAUCCCAGAAGGCUGGGUCGCCAGAAGGACAACACCUGUGGAUCAACUCAGGAAAAAUAUCUGAAAUAAAAAUAAAAUAUGAUUUGAUACUGAU